AGCAAGAUAUUCUUCUGAAGGAGACUGUAGCUUGAAAGAAGUGCCUCUUCUGUGCUUAAGUAUAAGCAUAGUCAUUUGCUGUGGGAUACUACAGAGGAACCACACGUGGUUUUAUAACGAGGACAAAGAUGCUAGCAGAAAGCUUUAUUACUGCUAUAAGAUAUAAAGAAAAAAAUCUAAAGACUGGUUGUAUUAAUCAAAGACACAGAAAAAACAAGAAUUUUGUUAAAAAUGGUGAUCACUGGAAAAAUCAAAUUGAAAAUGACUCAAAUUCUGUAGAACAUCCAGCCAUGAAACCCAAAAUCAAUGGAGAUAAUGAUCAGAACAAAAUAAAUACGAUGGGGCACAAACCUGAAAUGGAAGAACACCCUUAUAUGGUAAUGUCAGGUGAAUUAGUGGCUGACAGAGAGCACGCUUUGCUACCUACACUAACUAACAAAACAAUGUCCGUAGAUAUGCCUGUGCCCUUUACUUAUGGAAACAGUGACUUAUCAGACGACACAUACCAUUCGUGGUCAUGCAGAAGCAUUUGUAAGAACUACCCUGAUUUACAGAUUGGAGGAGACAAUGUAACAGACAUUAGCUUAUCGAGUUCAGUUUUUCAGAUGGACCUUGAAUGCAGCAGUUCUGAUGGUCCUGUGUUGCAGUCCAUAGAUCUUUCUUUGGACCAGUCACCAAUUCCUGACAUCCCCAUCAUCACAACAUCUGUGAACAAUGAAGACAUUAAAUACAAAAGCAUCACACUUCCUAAACUUCCACUUUCUAAUUCUAUGAUCAACAACUACAUGGAAAAGAAGAUGACAGAACUCUAUAAGCAGUACCUUGAAGACACUUUGACUUGGUGUGCUUCCCCAGCAAAACUGCUGUCCUCUAGUUUUUUUAUGAACAACAUUAAGGAAAUUAGUCAACAGAUAUCACAGGAACACAACAUGGACACUGUAAGGGCACGGGAAAUGGCUAUAACAUGUCUUCUCAGUGUUGCCAGUGGAGGAAGUUCUGAAAUAAGCACACCAAAUUUACUGAUAUCCUGAACUGAAGCAAAAGCACUAAGUUCCAAGGAAAAACAAACCAGCAAUCCAGCCUACUUUCUAAAUGUAAAUAAAAUAAAUAGGUUUUGGCACAGUGUUUGCAAGAUGACAGUGUGAAUGAGGGGGAUAUGAAUGAAUUUCUCACAACAAAGAUUGGUAUCCAUUAAGGAGACCUGUUGAUGUGCAUCUUGAAAUGAAGUCUUUAUAUAUACAUUGUAAAACUACACAGCUGCAUAAAAAUAUUGUGCUGUAAGUGACCAAUCAUAUGUAUUGCAGCAUGGCUUCAUGCCAUGAUUUAAAUAUUUAUUAUAUAACCUAUAGCAAUAUAGCUGAGUUCUAGGAGAUGCAGCUCAGAUCUGCUUUAACAGGAGGAAAUUAAAGAAAUGUUAUAAAAGUGUGUAUAUGAUUUUAGUCUACAUAUACUAACGUGUAUAUGUUACGUUCCUAGUGACUCUUUCCAUUUACUGCAUAAAGCAGCCAUUUCAGGUUACAUUAUAGACAAAUGAAAAUGAAAGCAAUCCAGUUCUGCAUUUGUAUAUCUGUAUAUUAGUUUGCAACUGUAACUCAUUUUUAAAUACUGGUUAUAUGAACAUUAUAAAGGCUUGCUGGUAAUUGUGUUACGUUGAUUCAGAAUAAUUACUGCAAAAUUUAAAGCAGUACUUCUAGACCAUGUUAACUUGUAAUGAAAUCAUAGCCACCUUUUCCAUAGAUACAGAAUAGUGGAUUUGAUAAGUUUUUGCUCUGCACAUAACUGAAACAUGCACUAUUCAACUCAAAUAGAACCAAGAGAAGUAUAUUUUA